AUGAACUAUCUUGCAUACGGCAGAAAUGGCAAGAAAGAAUGGAUUGAACCAACGUUCAAAAAAAUUCUGGAAAUAGCCGAAAAAUUCCCAGAAUUUUCAAAAUACAUACAAAAUCAAUGGAUAUCAAACCAAGAAAGAUGGACAGCCGCUGAAAGAGAUGAAAAUUUAGCUCUCACAAAUAACAUUUCAGAAUCGAUUAACAAAAAAAUUAAAUAUUACUACUUUGGCGGAACAAUUUUCAUGAGAUUUGAUCGAUUUGUGAUGAAAUUAAUCGAUUUUAUCGUUCCUUCAUUUUAUUACAGAAUUUCUCAAGAUAUAAGGCUCAGAGACAAAAUUCCAAAUCCGUUGCCAUCUGAAAAAAAGCCAAAAAAGUCUACAAUCAGACUGGAUACAGAAAAAUGUAUAAUGCUCACUGAUAAAAUUAAAUCGUUAAUAGUUAACUCAUCAGCAAACUUAAAUACGCUUCAAUUGGGUUUAGAUGACCUACUUGAUAAAGUUGUCAAGGCAGCAAAGGUUCAAAAACGAAUGACCCAGUAUUUUUCGAAAUUAAGUAUCCCAAUGGAAAUCAAGCUUAGUAUUCUCACGCAAAUUACAGAAUUUGGAUGCAAUACCCCUCAAUUCAUUGUUGAGAAUGCCAAGUCUUUUCAAGAUAAAAUUAUUACAGAUUUCCACCUUCAAAUUUAUACAACAUUAUAA